AUGGCCAACGUGCAAGAUGAAGAGCCCAUGGAUGUAAGUCAAACUUCACAGAAGGAAAAAAAAAGUUUAAUAUUCAUGUGUUUUUGAAGUGUGACUUGGCCCAGUCAUAUAGAUUAAUUUUUGUAUGUCGUAUCUCAUGACAGUGCUCUGAACAGCCUCCAACAUCUUCUGAGGUAGGUAGGCCGUGUGUGUGUGUUCGUGUGCAAAGUAUCACACCCAGUUAAGUUCUCAUAUUGUACAAGUCAAAGUAGAGCAGUUAGCUGGACUUUUAUCUUGGUAUAAAAGACCAUUUUCAGCAGGCUUUUCUGUUUCAUGUAAUGUCCAUGUGAAAAAUGUUAUUUAAAUAUGUGUUUUUGAAAUGUGACCUGGCCCAGUCAUAUAAAUUAACUUUUGAAUGUCUUAUCUCAUGACAGCGCUCUGAACAGCCUUCAACAGCUUCUGAGGUAGGUAGGCCGUGUGCGUGUGUUUGUGUGCAAAGUAUCACAACCAUUGAAUUUUCUUGAACAUAGUUAGACAUUUAGCUGGACUUUUCUCUUGUUAUAGAAGACCCUUUUUCAACUGGCUUUUCUGUUUUAUGUAACAUCUAUUUGAAAAAUGUUGUUUAAUAUGUGUUUUUGAAGUGUGACUUGGCCCAGUCCUAUAAACUAACUUUUGAAUGUUAUAUCUUGUGACAGUGCUCUGAACAGCCUUCAACAUCUUCUGAGGUAGGUAGGCCGUGUGCGUGUAUGUGUUUGUUUGCAAACUAAGUAUCACACCCAGUUAAAGUUUUACUGUACAAGUUAGAGUAGAGCAGUUAGCUGGACAUUUCUCUUGAUAAAAAGACCCUUUUUCAGCAGGCUUUUCUGUUUCAUGUAACGUCUAUGUCAAAAGUGUUGUUUAAUAUUCAUGUGUUUUGAAGUGUGACUUGGCCCAGUCAUAUAAAUUAACUUUUGAAUGUUGUAUCUAAUGACAGCACUCUGAACAGCGUUCAACAGCUUCUGAGUUAAGUAGGCCUUGUGCGUCUGUAAGUAUUACAACCAGUUGAGCGCUUUUACUGUACAAGUUAAAGUAGAGCAGUUAGCUUGACUUUUCUCUAGGUAAAAAGACCCUUUUUCAGCAGGCUUUUCUGUCUCAUGUAACGGCUAUGUGAAAGUGAAAGUAUGGAGUCAAACACUAAGGACUGUCCCAAGCCCAAAUCAUUACAGACAAUUUUUUUCUCUCUGCUCUCAGGGGCCUGUCUGUCUGCUUAGGUGGUACUUUUAGUUGUUGGCACACAGAUAAGAUGAGAUGAGCACACAUUGUAUAAGCUCCCAAAAUGCUUUUGUUCCUUUUACAUUUUGCGUCCAUAAAUUACUCUACAAAUCCUUCCAGCCACACACGGUAUAACUGAAUGCCAUGGAGUGUUUUUGUGCUGGCUUCCAGAGUGUCACUUCUCUAUUAUGUUUACCGAUUCUGUUUUGCCACAGGACAAAAGGAAAGCUCAAGUCACUCUAACCUUCAAGUGGUCAGGGGAUUCUCCUCUACAGAAGACCAAGCUAGAGAUAGCUCUUCAGAAAUGGGCCACUAAAAAAUAUAAUGGAAACUGCAGAGUUGUCAACAUACAAAAUGGAACAGCUGUGAUAGAGUUUGAGCCAGCUCCAGGUGCAGUAUGACUACAUGUUAAAGCAAAAUUUUAAUUGCACAUUUAUUAAACACUAUAAACACUUAAAAUCCCAUUUAAAGAGUAUUGUGUAUAAAAAUGUAUUUAAUAAUGCAGUAUUUUAAUUCAUCUUUGUUGGAAGUGAAAUGAUUUUUGUCUCCUUUUUUUCAGCCCUGUGUGACCUUCAGGAACUGUGUGGUCAAACUCUGGAAAUCAAAGACAAGAUCAAAAACUCAGUGCACAUUAUGUGUGCUAUUGUAAAACCUCCGAAUCUUGAGACAGAAAUACCAGACAACACUUCAGAGCCCCAAGAUGUAAGUUCAGUGUUGUCAGAAAUGGCAAGUUAAUCCCAUUAAAUUCUGUUUAAUUCUUUCAUGGUAUUUGUUUUUAGGGAGAACUACACCUGAGGAAACAAAGCUGUGAUGUGGAUAUGGAUAGGGCUCCAGCGUCAGAACCACAAAGUGUGGGAGAUCCUCCAAAUACCCCUCUUUCUUCAUCUCCACCAAAGUCACAAGAUGUAUGUCAAGUUCAUUAAAUCAUAUGACUGACUUUUGAAAUUAGAGCUUUUUACGACCUAAGGUCAUUUUUUUCUAUGCAGGUGCAGCCUUCUGAACAGAGUAAUACCAACAAUCCAGCGGUUUCCAAGGCAGAUGAAGAGAAUAACUUUGGUAUUCUCCCAGUGAGUAACUUCCUGUAUGUGAGCUACACCUGCAAGGAGGAAGUAGAAAGUAUACUGAAAAAGUAUGGAGUGAACAUGGAAACAGAGGCACAUGUGACAUUUACAGCAGAUGAGAAAAAUGGAAGCCCAAAAGAUGCUUACAAUGACUUCACAAGCCUUGUCCAGAAGAUUGAUUACGGUGGUUUAGAUUUUCCCCUCAAGAACGAAGAUCCAAAAAAGUUGAUGAAUGCACUGAGAAUCAUCCUGAUGAAGGAGAGCGAGCUCCUGCUUACUCUAUCCUCUGACAGAAUGACUGUUCAUGGGCCGAGCCAGAGCCGAGAUGCCAUCGAAAAGUCACUCAACACAGAAACAAACACCGAUCCCUCUCAGGAAGAGUCUGCAGGCGCAAAUCAAGACACACUGCCAAACAUUGGCAUGAACAUCCAGGACCCUCUCCUCAACAGUGGCCUCAUCUUUGUGGAAAACUACUGGAAGCUGAUCAAUACUUCCUUCUGUGAGGAUUUGGCCAAAAUAAAAGCUAAGUUUGGCGUGGAUGUAAAAGAAUUCAGCAACAGUUCAGGCCAAGUCAAAAUUGAAGUUUGUUGGAAGGAAUCAGGAAGAAAUGCAGCAAUGGAGAGCCAUGCUCUUAGAGCUCUUCUCCAUCUGUACCAGAAGAUUGCUACAUCCCCGUUAAACAACACCCAACCUGGUGGUGCUGCAGGGUUCAAUGGCUCGCUGAAGAACUCAGGUGAUGAGUCAGAUGAAGCCUCUGGUGGACCUGGGACCGGCAAACCAGGAUACCACAUCCGUUACAAUGAUGCACCAAUAGGAGAGGGGGCCACAGCAGCAGCCAGUGAAGAAGACAACUGUCCUAUAUGCAUGGAUAGAUUUAAAAACAAGAAACAGCUUCAGUGCAAACACGAGUUUUGUGAGGAAUGCCUGACAAAGGCCAAGGAAAGUAUGGGAGCCAUCUGUCCUAUCUGCAAAGAUGUCUUUGGUAAAGUCGAAGGUGAUCAGCCUCCUGGAACAAUGAAAUGGCGCGAAGGUUUUGCAUCACUCGCUGGAUUUUCAGGCUGCGGCAGUAUUAUCAUCUCCUAUAAUAUUCCAAGUGGAACACAGACGGUAAAUGCCCUAGAUGUAUGAUUAAGAUACAAAGCAUUAAUUUCAUAACUUUUUUGUUUGUUUGUUUCUUUCAAAUGUGUCAUUUCAGCAGAUUUAUAACUUUUCGUUUUGCAGGAAAAGCAUCCACAUCCUGGAAAGAGCUACUAUGGUUGCAGCAGACAGGCCUUUCUACCAAAUAACAAAGAGGGCAAAGAGGUGCUUCAACUGUUGAAGAGAGCAUUUGAUCAGAAGCUCAUUUUCACUGUUGGGACCUCAAGAACAACCGGGAGAGAGGACCAGGUGACCUGGAACGAUAUUCACCACAAAACCUCAGAAACAGGAGGGCCACAAUGGUAAAAAAGCUAAAUCUUUAUUGCGUUAUAUCUGUAACCUGUCAGUUUUGUCAAAUCCACUUCAAUGUGAAGUAAGUCUUGUUCAUUCCUUUUCCACAGUUUCGGGUACCCUGAUCCUAAAUAUCUGAGCAGAGUAAGAGAGGAGCUGAAGGCUAAAGGCAUUGAGUGA